GUCUCCAGACCGGUCAAUCCAGAUGCACUCGCAGAAGAAGUAGGCCAGCCCACUGCAGAUCCCAGCAUGGUAAUGGAUAGUGUGGAAGCAGGAGACACAACACCUCCCACAAAGAGAAAGAGCAAGUUCUCAGGCUUCGGCAAGAUCUUCAAACCCUGGAAAUGGCGGAAAAAAAAAAGUAGUGAUAAAUUCAAAGAGACAUCAGAAGUCUUAGAGCGAAAAAUAUCUAUGCGAAAGCCGAGAGAAGAGCUGGUUAAAAGAGGAGUUUUGCUGGAAGACUCUGAGCAGGGUGGUGAGGAUCCUGGGAAGUUAAGCCAGUCCAUGUUAAAGAAUGGCCAUACCAGCCCCAUUGGGAACACCAUCUCUUCAAGUUCGAUCCAUGUUGAAGAUGAUCCAGGAAGAACAGGAAGUCUUAAGAAACUCAAUUUAGAAGAGGAGCCAAAGAAGCGACUUGGAUCAACUGGAAGUCAGCCGACUUCUGAAGCAGAAUCCAUUCCUGAGAAUGCACCCAAACAGCCUUUACUUCCCCCUAAAAGGCCCCUCUCCACAUCUUCUGAAACUAAUGAAGGGCCAGCAAAGGACACCACUUCCUCCAGCAGCUCAGCAAGGCCUGUCUCUUCUGCCACCUCCACCACAAACCUGGCAAAGACUGUUCCUUCCUCUGUCCCCCCCACGCCAGCCCCCAGGACUCUGCCCAUGGCUCUUCCCAGCACUAACACCAUAGCUACCCCAAGCCUCACUCACACACUUCCAGCCAAGCAGCCCCCUGCUCCACCCCCAAAACCUGCUCAGAGAAAUAGCAAUCCCAUCAUUGCUGAACUAUCCCAGGCAAUAAACAGUGGUACCUUAUUAUCAAAACCAUCCCCACCUUUACCACCUAAGAGAGGCUUUCCAUCAACCAUCGUACCCACAUCAGAGUCUACCCCUGUCCCCACAAAACCUUCGAGUGAUCAAAGAGAGAAGAACACAUGCUCUGGGGGCUCAGAAUCAUCGAUCCCACCUCCUUCUCCAUCCCCUCCAUUGCCUACUCAUAGACCUCCAGAACCCCCACGAUCCCCUCCAUUCCUUGCUAAGACUUUUCAAGUUGGCCCCGAAAUUGAGUUUCCACCUUCCUUAGACUUACCACAGGUGGUUCCCCAGCAGGAAGACCAGAAAAAGGAAAUACCCAAAAGGAUAUUGGACCCGAGCUCUGGAGAGCCUCACAUUUCCUCUAGGCUUCCCCCACUCCCCCUACAUAUUAGAAUCCAGCAGGCCCUGGCCAGUCCACUUCCCAUGACGCCACCCUUAGAGGGCUCUCAUAGGGCACACUCAUUACUCUUUGAGAACAGUGAGAACUUCUCUGAGGACUGCAAUACCCUGGGUCGGACCAGGUCCCUCCCCGUCACUAUUGAAAUGUUGAAAGUUCCAGAUGAUGAGGAGGAGGAGCAAAUCCACCUUUCUGCAUUUGAUGAAGACAUGAUACCUACCUCAGCCUUUCCCAAACUACCACCGUGCCUGCAGGAGGAAGUAGAAGGAAAGGAGAGUGAUUCUGAUUCAGAAGGUCCCAUUCAGUAUCGAGAUGAAGAGGAUGAAGAUGAAAGCCCUCAGAGUGCGCUGGCCAACAAAGUGAAAAGGAAAGACACACUGGCUAUGAAGUUGAACCACAGACCCAGUGAACCAGAGCCGAACAUGAAUUCUUGGCCUCGAAAAAGCAAAGAAGAGUGGAAUGAAAUACGACAUCAGAUUGGAAACACAUUAAUCCGGCGACUGAGUCAGAGACCAACCCCAGAAGAACUGGAACAACGAAAUAUACUACAACCUAAGAAUGAGGCUGAUCGUCAAGCAGAAAAGCGAGAGAUUAAACGUCGGCUCACCAGAAAGCUCAGCCAAAGACCAACCGUGGCAGAACUGCUCGCCAGAAAGAUUCUGAGGUUUAAUGAAUAUGUAGAAGUAACUGAUGCUCAAGAUUAUGACCGGCGGGCUGACAAACCUUGGACUAAACUGACACCUGCUGACAAGGCUGCCAUAAGAAAGGAAUUAAAUGAAUUUAAAAGCUCAGAGAUGGAAGUUCAUGAGGACAGUAAACAUUUUACACGCUACCAUCGUCCUUGAUGCUGAAGUCUGAACCAGAAACUCAAUAACCCACUUAGCAGCUCCACUUGCUGCUUCAUCUCCAGGAUCGCAUGGAGGGAACAUCAGCACUUUUGGGCACAGUCAAAAUUGAGUCCCAGUAUGUGGUUUGGGGAUGAACAGCUCUUCUCUGAAUGUAGCUUUUCACUGGACUGGAUUCUCAUGUGCUGCGUUGGCCAAAUCUAACACGUCAGCACUUCUGAACCUUUUUAUAUCAGAAGUCUUUCCUCACCAGUCACCAAAAUUCUGGUCCACCGGCUGUUCCAAGUUUUUGUGGCUGUUUUACACCCUCCCCUUAUGAUGCCCACCAGCACUGAGUCACAGUUUUCCUAGUAGCCUUACUUGCCCUGUCUGAAUAGUGAGUCCCUCAUGUGUGGGUGCUAGAUUCUAACCAUCACAUUUAGUAGUGUUGAAGAACACCUCCUGGAGGUCUUAAAGUCUUUGACAUGGGAUCCACACCAGCACAGAAGCCUUCAUGCCACAGUGGCAAAUACCACUUGAAACUCUGCACUGUACCUCGCGGCCCAGUAGUCUAAAUCGCUCAGGUCCGAUCUGAGAGUGCUCAGGUCUGAGGACCUCUUCUUUCUAAGCACAAGAGCCACCUGAGGUUU